UUAUUAGACUUGGUCUUGUUUUAGGGAACUAAGUGGUUUUGAACACAGUUUCACUUCACCAUUAUGCUUUCAUGUCUCCAACUACAUUUUGAUCUCAUCAAAUGUGCAUUGAUGAACUUUAAUUUGAGUGAUUUCAGUAUUGGACUUUAUAUAUGUAAUUUUUUCUGAAAACUCUUCAGGGAUGAUGUUGACCUUGAAGAGUUAAUGGUUAUGGAAGCAAUAUGGCUCUCCAUUCAGGAAACAGAUAUGCAGAGAAGUUCAGGUAGUGGAGAAAUGGCACCUUGUAGUCAGUAUGUAUCAGAAGAAGAACCAGCAAUGCCGUCUUCAUCGUCUUCUUGUGCAAUCUCUGCACUUGCUGAACGCCAGCAAAUGGUUGGUGAAUCCUCCAAUCACAAUCACAACGUCAACGUUUCCUCAUACACUAUGCUUCCUGGCAACUGCGACAGUUACUACGGCAUAGAACAAGAAGUAGACGACAUUGACCAUCACCAUAAUCAUUACCAUAACAACAGUGAAAUGGAAGAAACAGGGAGCAAUGCUAUGAAAGCUCGUACAUGA